AUGGAAGUAGCAAAUCAUUUAUUCGAGCGUAAUCGAAUCAGCAAAGAACGGGAGGACAUUGGUAAAGGUUCAUUUGGUAUUGUCUACAAAGCUACAGAUCUAAAAACUAAUAAAAUCAUUGCAGUAAAACAAAUCCAAUUUAACGACCCAAAACUUUUCCUCAGAGAAGUCGGAAUUAUGGCGAAAAUCAACUAUCCAUCAAUCCUUCCAUUUUUAGGCUGUUGUCUCUCACAAGAUCCCAAUACAAGGCCUCAUUUAAUUAUUACUGAAUAUAUGCCAAAUAAAUCAUUAGACACAUACAUAAAUCAAGCCAUUAAAGGCGAUGAGCUUCCAAACUGGGGUCCAACAGAAAAAACUAUUCAAAUGAUCGGAAUCGCAGCUGCUAUGCGUUAUUUGCACAGAAACAACAUUCUUCACAGAGACUUAAAGCCAGCGAAUGUAUUACUCAACGAAAACUUAGAACCUUUCGUUUGCGAUUUUGGUUUGUCAAAAUACGUCGAAGAUGUCAAUGCUGCUACUGAUCAGACAGUAAAUGUUGGUACUCCUGUUUUUAUGGCUCCAGAAGAAUACACAUCUAAAUAUUACAACAAAUUGGUCGAUGUUUACGCUUAUGGCAUUCUUUUGUACAAUCUAUUGACAUUACGGAGACCUUUUGAUGGUGAAACAUGUCAUAGCAUCUUUGUGAAAGUUUCUCAAGGCUAUCGACCAGAGUUUCCAGAAGGAUUUUCUCCAUUAUACACAGAACUCAUAGAGCAAUGCUGGGCGCAAGAUCCUAAGACCAGGCCAACAUUUGACAUGAUAUUCAACGUUCUUGAAACAGAAAAAUUCUACUUACCCGGUUCAGAUUUUCAAAAAGUUCACGCUUACAUCGACAAGCUUCAAAAGGCCGAGAAAAAGAUAGUCGAAGAUUACAAGAACGACAUUGACAUGUUAGAAAGACAGAUUCUCCAGCUCAAAUCCCAACAAAUCACUUCUGAAUGUAAAUUCGGAGCCGGAAUUGCUCAAACUCUCAACGAAAAUCGUACGAAUUUAUUCGAAAACAAAUACAUCUACUCACGAUCAUCUUUCGACAUACAUUACUGUCUUGGAGAUAAUGCAACGGGAUUCUUCGGUAUGAGCAGCAAAAGAUUGUUUAUACAGUUCGACUUUAAGGAACCAGUUACAAUUCAAGGCUUAAAAAUCACUUCCUACGACGAUAGCUUCAAAUCAAAUUGGAAAUUGAUUUCUUACGACGAGAAUGGCGUAGAAACCAUGGUAUACAGAUGUUUGAACCAUCUCGAGAACGGCAGAUCUAUUUCUACUGGUUUAAAGCCAUUUAGAGCUAGUUCUGUCAGAAUUGAGAAAACUGGAGAGCCAGAUACACUUUCUAUCAAGACAAUCGAGUUCUUUGAUAGCCAAGGACCAAUAUUCCAAAGAAUGCUUGAAGAAUACCAUCUUUUCAACAUUCCUGUUAUUAUUACUUCAACAAACUACUUCCCGAACACUCUUUUCAAUCCAGCAAGCGAAAUAGAGGUAUUCACAUACGCCGGAAAGGAUAAUUGGAUACAACUCGCUCUGGAAACUCCAAUUCAAAUUCGUGGCUACAGAAUUAAGAGAGAUCCUCAAAAUAAAAUGCACGGAUGGAGCAUAAUUGCAUCAGCCGAUGCUAAGAAAUGGGUAGAACUCGAUAAAUGCCACGAGGAAACGCCAGGAGAAUUUGGAAGAUUAAUUGAAAAGGAAGUUAAGGCUGAACAGCCAUUUAAACUGUUCAGAAUUGUUCCCGAGACACAAACAUGGGAGAAAUCUCGUGUUUGCGGUUGCAUUUGCCAUUUUGAUGUUUUUGCUUAA